CACUAGAUGUGUUGAUAACAGCUCCAUGGCUGGCCCUGUCUCCGGCACCAUGAAGGACGAGGUGGCUCUCCUGGCCACUGUCACCCUCCUAGGAGUCCUGCUACAAGCCUACUUUUCCCUGCAGGUCAUUUCUGCGCGCAGGGCCUUCCGCGUGUCACCGCCGCUCACCACCGGCCCGCCCGGCUUCGAACGUGUCUACCGAGCCCAGGUGAACUGCAGCGAGUACUUCCCGCUAUUCCUCGCCGCUCUCUGGGUCGCCGGCAUCUAUUUCCACGAAGGCGCCGCCGCCGCCUGCGGCCUGGUCUACCUGUUCGCGCGCCUGCGCUACUUCCAGGGCUACGCGCGCGCAGCUCAGCUCAGGCUGGCCCCGCUGUAUAAGAGCGCCGGCGCGCUCUGGCUGCUGGUGGCGCUGGCGGCGCUCGGCCUGCUGCUGCACUUCCUCCCUGCCCCGCUGAGCGCGGCGCUGCUCCGCCGGCUCAGGAUGCUGCUGCCCUGGGCCUGAGACCGACAGACCCGAGAGCCUCCAGGAGCGGGCGGGUGCCCCGCCUCUGCCUCAGGCGUCUGAUUCAAGUCUCUGCAACGGCUGUUCCCGUAACUGCUUUCCCCGGGGCU